AUGCACCCCUCUGAAUUCUGGCUGGCCACGGCCAGCGCCGCGCUCGACCACCACCCACCCAUCCCCGCGACCGCCCUGGCGCACGCGCAGGUCGCGCGCCGCAUCUGCCAGGACCGCUUCGCCGACAGCGCCAACAGAUAUCUGUACCUCGGCCUGCGGUGGGAGGUGGAGGCGCUCGAGGUCUUGGCCGCGCGCGACUGGGCCGAGGCGAUCAGGGGUCUCCGGAUCGCGUGCGGGGCGUACCGGCUGGCGAGACACUGCGGCCGCGGGACGUGGAUCGAGCGCGCGGGGGGCCGUGGCGUGCGGCGGUGCAUGGCGAUGGGGGUGUAUGCGCUUGGUGCGGGAUGA